AUGCAAAAAUUUAUUAUUGAACAUUCAUUGUCGAAAGAAAUUUUUACUCAAGAAAAUAAUGUUGAGAAUACAGUCAAACGAUUAUCCGUGAAAUUGGCUAACGAUUUUAUGAUGAAAAGGAACUCUUGUGAAAUUCGGGAAAUUCAAGAUAUCAACUCCAAUAAUUCCUCAAUUAUUAUAACCAAUAAAAAUAAAAAUGAAGAUGUAUGGGACGAUAUAGAUAUUGGAAAUAUUUUGAAUUUAAUUGAUUCGGUUGACCUUGAAAAAGCAACUGUAAAAUCAUUUGAACAAAAAAUUGAUAAUGUUAUGACAGAAGAAGAAUGGAAAAAAGUAUUAGAAAAGUGUGAACAAGAAGAUUCAUUUUUAUUAAAAAAAAAUCAAGCACGAGAAUUUGUAAAUAUAUCGCGUACCAAAAAUAGAAAUGAGAAUAAUGCAUCUGGAAAUAUAUUAUAUUCAAAUUUUUACCUUGCGAUGCCAAAUGGUCAAUGGAUGAAAAAAAUGGCUAUGCGAGUUCCAAAGAGUGCUUACCCUCAACUUUUUAAAGAAGGUUAUAAGAAUCUUCAAGGUGUUGAUGAAGCUGUUAUAAGGAAUAUUCAAGCUAUUCAUGAACUUUCCGAGAUUGUAAGAACUUCUUUUGGACCAAAUGGUCGAAACAAAAUGGUGAUCAAUCACCUCGAAAAACUUUUCGUUACCAAUGAUGCUGCUACAAUUAUUCGUGAAUUGGAGGUUGUGCAUCCGGCAGCUAAAUUAUUAGUGAUGGCAAGUCAACAACAAGAACAAGAGAUUGGAGACGCGACAAAUUUCGUUAUAGUAUUUGCAGGUGAACUUCUCCAAAAGGCAGAAUAUUUGCUGCGAAUGGGACUUCACCCAAGUGAGAUUGUACAAGGAUAUGAACUUGCUGUUAAUAAAGCAUUAGAAAUAUUGGAAGAACUUGGUGUGGAAACGGUUACAAAUUUUAAAUCUAAAACAGAACUUUUUAAAGCGGUCAAAACAGUUAUUGCUUCUAAGCAAUAUGGAAAUGAAGAUUUACUUUCAAAUUUAGUAGUUGAAGCAUCACUUGUUAUUAUGCCAAAAAAUCCAGCAGCUUUUAAUGUGGACAAUAUACGGGUGGUAAAAAUCUUGGGUAGUAGUCUUCAUGAAAGUCAAGUGGUCAAUGGUAUGGUGUUUGGUCGUGAACCCGAAGGAAUUGUUACUAAAGCAACUAAGGCAAAAAUUGGGAUUUUUACCUGUUCUUUGGAUACUGCUCAAACUGAAACUAAAGGAACUGUAUUAAUUCAUAAUGCCCAAGAAAUGUUAAAUUUUACUAAAGGAGAAGAGCAACAUGUGGAAAAGUGGUUACCGGUUCCGGCAUAG